AUCGACUGCGCCCGGCAGUUGGGCAGCAACAGUCUGCGGCUCUCCCUGGAGUGGUCUCGCAUCAUGCCGUACGGUCCCGGCCGCGUGGACGAGACUGCCGUACAACGCUACCACGACAUUUUCGAGCGGUGCCGGGCCGCGGGUUUGGAGCCCAUGAUCACGUUGCACCAUUUCGUACAUCCGCAGUGGUUUGAGGAGCUCGGGGGAUUCGAGCGGGAGGAGAAUAUUAGGCAUUUCGUGGACUGGGCCCUCACCGCCUUCCGCCUCUUCCGCCGCCACCGCCUCACCCUCAUCGCCACCUUCAACGAGCCCACCUGCGCCGCAUUCACCGGCCACAUUGUGGGCAUCCAUGCACCCGGCCGCCGAGGCGCCAUCGCCACCGCGGGCCGAGUGCUGCUGCACAUGCUCCGGG